UUCCCUUUCCUCUUAACACAAAACAAGCAGGAAUCAAGUUCAGUUUUGUUACGUACAGAGUCGCAGUGAUUCUUUAUUUUUUUGAUAAUAAUAUUACAUUGUAGCAUCUGUUCAUUCGAGUGUUAAUUAACGAUCCAUCAGCUGUUUUAUGUGUCUGGUUAUUUAUCGGCAUUCUGACAAGAUUUUAACCGAAUUCGAUUGCGUAUACACAACUGGUAGUGGCACUACAUAACACUGUCUGUAUACUUACUGUGAUUCCAUGCAAAUGGUCACAUGUGUUCGUGCAUAUAGGUUAAAAUUAGUAGAUAAUUUAAUUAUUUAUCAAUAAAAAUGUCACCUACAAAAUCAGAAAAAGUAGCUAAUGGUAGUAAAUGUAUACAAAGUAUAUGGACUCGUGCAAUAACUGCUAAUUCGGAGUGGCCUGAUAAGGAUGAAUUUCUUGAUGUCAUUUACUGGAGUCGACAAGUUAUUGGAAUUAUUCUUGGUAUUAUUUGGGGAAUAAUACCUCUUAAAGGUUUUGUAGCGUUAGUAUUAUUUGCCCUUGUAAAUGCGGGUUCAACGUAUUUGUAUAUGAGUAGCUUCCAGCAAAUUGACGAAGAUGAAUUUGGAGGUGUUUGGGAAUUAACGAAAGAAGGUUUUAUGACAUCAUUUGCUGGCUUUUUAGUCACUUGGAUAAUUAUUUACUCCGGUUUACACUUCGAUUGAAAAGAACAGUUCGUACAUACUGAAAAUUCAAUGAACAAUUGGCAAUACUGAUUAAGGGAUUAAGCAUUUCACAUUUCUUCUGGCCACAUUCUACAUUACAAAUGAUCAUUGAAAUACAUUAAGCGUGCCUAUUAUUAAUAAUUGUUACUUUUUAAUAUUGAUCAAAUUUUUAUUCAUAAAAAAAUUACUUGAAUACAAUUA